CUAACCCUCCCUCUCCGCCUCUCACCGUCACCUCCAGUGUCUCCCAGCCGAGAACAUAGCACCAUCGACGGGGGUCUAACUAGGGCUGUCAACCGGAGCUCCCUACGGCAGAGUCAUGGCGGCGCCGUUAGCCCACUUCGACGAGGACUGGCAGGAUUUUAACGAGUUCAAGCCGGCUUCCUCUGCCUCUGCGUCGGCCGACCAGCUCGACCAGUUGAACUCUAACGUGGGCGACCCGUCGGCCGACCCGUCGUCGGGCCUAGACGACUUCUCCGACCUGGACAACAGCAGCUUCUCCUCCGGGGACUUCUGCAGCUUCAGGUCGAUGGAGGACCUGGUCCAGGACUUCGACGAGAAACUGACAGUGUGCUUCAGAAACUACAACACCACGACGGAGAACAUAGCGCCCGUUAAACCCAUCACGGAGGAUAACUACUUGAAAGACGACGAGGUGUGGAACGCUCUGACAGAUAAUUAUGGCAACGUGAUGGCUGUGGACUGGAAGACAUCACACACUCGCUCCCUACACCUGCCCACCCUCAACAUCACUGAGCAUGAGAAGUUGGACAACCAGUCUCUGGAUCUGUCUGAUGACGAGGAGCUCAGGGAGCAGAUGGACAUGCACUCGAUCAUCGUCUCCAGCAUCAGCGAUGAGCCGCUAUACACAGCCGAACAGGUGAUAGAGGAGAUAGAGGAGAUGAUGCAGGAGUCUCCAGACCCAGAGGACGAUGAGAGUCCCUCACAGUCCGACCUGUCCAUGCUCUCGCAGGACCUCCACCCUCUGAAACGCUCCGGCUCCAACACCAGCUACGAGGACCGGCUGCGUCGGCUGUCUGUGUCUGAGCUGACCGAGUCUCUGGAGGAAGUGGAGACGGCCAUUCGCCGCUACAGCGAAGAGCUGAUCCAGGCUCUGGCCCUGCGAGACGAACUGGACUAUGAAAAGGAGGUGAAGAACAGCUUCAUCUCGCUGUUGAUCGACGUGCAGAACAGACAGAAGGAGCACCGCGAGCUGCUGCGGAAGAAGAAGAAAAUCAGAAGUACGACAACCACCGGGCCCAACGGCCAGAGGACAACCAGCACGCACAUACCGGGCACGCUCCUCACUCUGGAGGGACUCUCCAAUGUCAUUCAAAAUGGCCUACGUCAAACUUUUGGCAACACAGGAGGGGACAAACAGUACCUAACCACAGUAAUCCCUUAUGAGAAGAAAGCCGGCUCCCCGGUGGUAGAAGACCUCCAGAUCCUCACAAAGAUCCUCCAAGCCAUGAGGGAUGACAGUGAGAAGGUACCUGCCCUGCUAACAGACUACAUUCUCAAAGCUCUGGUAUGAGAGCAGUGGAAACUGAGUGCUUUGUCCCACGUAAAGUCAAAGGCGAGCCUCCUGUUCCCAGAACCAUUUGUCAAGACCAUCAGAAGACGGUUCUGGUAAUCUGGAAGAACCCAGAUGAUGGAUUCAAAAUCCAAAUCUUCCUUCCUCCUUAUUUUUCAACACAUAGACUUUCUUUCCUUGUGGCGUUUCUUUUUUUUUUACUCAGCCACUGUUGUUGUUCCUACGAUUUUAACUCUAGAUAUAACUCUUCUUUGCUCUGUAUAGUUCUUUUCAUAUGUCAUGUUUUAAUUUUUUAAUGCCCGAGUGCUACAACCCUGUAUAUCCCGACCGCAUGAUGAUUUGUCUAUGGAUGCCAGUAAUCAGUAUUAGUCUGAACACCUCACUUCCUGAUUGGCUCUUGAAUGAAGAAGGGUCAGGUGUAUUUUUAAUUUCCACGGGCUUCAUCAAAUGCAGUCCAACCCCGGCUUGUUUUGUAAAUCGAAUGCAUUUGCAUCAGCGUAGUUCAUGCAUGACGGGGAAAACAAAUCCUGGCAGAAUCUCUGACGUGCCAGGAUGGUCGUGGUAUCGAGCAUACAUCCUGUUUUUCCUGUAUGGAAACCUUUUUAAAGGCAUUUUGCUGAGUGAUUUCAUAGAAUGUCUCAGGGUUAAAAACUCUGCUAGCUAAGGAUUAAAGAGCAAACCCUUUAAUUUUUAAAAAUCCACCCAUCUUUGCAUGUUGGUUUUGGAUUUACGCUGAAUUUUGGCUGUUUAGUUGAAUGUUAAAAUGAAAUAUUUUGUAUACGAUUUAAGAAAAAUUGCACAGUUUUGGGAACUUUUAACUUUUUGAAAAAGGGAAAACAAAUGACUUGAGAAAGUAAAUAGCUGGAUGAACAAACUUGUAAAGCAUAUUUUUGGAGAAGGAACUGUUUUUAGUGAGAUUAGGGACUUGCCAGUAGCCACCUUUUGUGACCACAUUGCAACACCAUUUUUGUAAAUGCUGUCCAUUGACCUCUUGAGCCCUCAAGUAGUGACCGCCACCCCCAACAACUUUAUCACUUCCCCAGGAGUCGUCAUUACAUGAGUCUGAAAAUACCUCGUAUAACAUUUUUUUGCAUUAGUAGAAAAUGUCAUUAAGAUAAAUAGUGUAGUGAAGAUUAUGUUAGGGUUUGAUAAAUGUGUAGUUAAGCUUCUGUUAUAAGGUGUGGGUUUUCUCUUAUCUGUUAACCCUUUAACUGUUGUGGAAAUGUUGUGGUAGCACUUUAGUCUGUCAGUGAUCUGGUCAUGUAGUAGUGGAAUAUGUUGGUGGAUGUACUUAAGAGUACGCCUCACUAGAUUAGCGUUAGACGAGGCUUAGAAGCUUUAGCUAGUGGUGCCAAAACAUGAAGGAUUAUUGUCAUGCAUCCAUCUAUAUAUAUUAGUCAUCAUGAGCAUGUGAGAAUUUAACAUUAAAGGGGUAAUCCACUGAUUUUACACAUUACAAUCAGUUUGCACGUCAUGCAGAGUACGACUCAGCUGGUAAAAAAAACAGUUGUAUAAUGUCGUCUGCCGCUCUGGAGGAGCUUUGUCAAAGUUGACAGAUGACCCUGAUGAUGUCAUGGUGAUGUCAUCGGGGUCAUUCAAGUUUGGGUUUGAGACUACUAAUUUAUAACAGAAAGCCUUUCUUACAAACUCAAGGCAUGGAGCUUAAAUACCCAGCUCCGUCUCCCGAUUUCCGAGGUAAAUGGAACGCAGCAGAGAAUGCACUAUCGAGUUGCAUUAUGGGAAUUGUAGGAUCCAGUGUUUUUGGAGCUACUAGAGACUAAAAGUCAGAAUAUCUCCGCCUCUGCCUCAUCGAUUUUGACCGCUCUUUUUUUUAACGUGUCUCUUGCAAGUCUCCCAACAUCAUGAGUAUUGCAAUACUAUAUCACUGGAGCACCCCUUUAAAAACCAAGUACCACCAAUCUAGCACUGCAGGUCUGUUGGUACACUUAACGUUCAGAUCACCAGCUACUACAGGUGCACCGCACACCGUCAGAUCAGGUCUAGUCUAGCUCUCAGGUACGAUCAUCAGUGUUAGUAGUUUAAAAUCUUCUUCUGAAAGGUAGUGACAUUCCUGAGUCUUUCUAUGGUUCUGGCAACACUGUUAUUAGCUAGACUUCAACUUUGCUGCACUUUUAUCUUUUCACAAAUUUCUCUUAAGUACCUGGAUGAGCCAGUGGAGGUAAUCCGCCUCUUGACUAAACCAGGGUAGCAUUAAAGAUGUCGAUUAUGUCGUGAUUUGUUGAAACACAAUUUAAUGCUUAACGUCCUAGACUCCGCUUAGUAGUAGUAGUAGUAGUAGGUGUAGCUAGAAAUUCAACGGCACAGUAGCAUCCGCUCGGUUGUAGCAGUCUAGUGACGAUAGCGUAGAUGCAGUUGUAACACGUAGUUGAUUUAUUAGAAAGAAGAAGGUGAAACUCUCUUGAAAAAGGAAUUUACAUUUACUGGUUAAACAUUUGAAGCCUGUCUGUCAGAAGAGAAGGCCACAGGACGAUGACGAAGGGGUGUGAUAAAGUUAACGGAUGUUGGGGAAGAUUGCACAACAGGUUGCUUAAAUUUGAGGGGUCGAUUUUAAUUCUUUUGUAUAGGAAAACAAAAGCUUGUAGUGCUAUAUUUAACUAUUUAUAUGUAAUAACUGUUGUUUCAGCUGUUGCCAGCUUUGCAAACUUUCACAAUCUAGCAUGUGCUACAUGCACUUUACUGCUGCAAAACACAUUUCUAAUGAUGAUUCAUUUGUUUACAGACAUUAAUAUCACACUAAAGGGAGAAGUGCAUGUCGCGAUGGAAUGCAGAAAAACUCAAAAGCAUUCAUUUAAACUGGUAAUAAGAUAUCAAAAGGGGCAACAUUAGAAGGCUUGUGGCAGUGAAACACACACUAACACGUCUCUCAAUUGAUUCUAAUCUUACAAAAGGUUAAAUAAUCUUUUUAGUUUUAUAAUGAAAUGGCAGUCACUUGAGGAUCUGGAUCCCGUCUCAGGCCAGAACCCCUCACCUGGUCUCUUGUUAGCAGACAUAUCAGUGUAACUACAAUUUAGAGAUUUAUAUUUAUAUAUGUACAACAGAACAAAGAACAGAAAAAGAGGCUGCCUUUGUAAAUGCUGGAAAUCUUUUGUACAUUAAACCGACUCAUUUUUUUGUUUUUAAUGCAAUAUAACUCCCCAGUUUGGGGUUUUAUGUUUACUUGUCUCAUGUGGUACCGCAGUAUAUUAAUUUAUUAUGUAAAUGUUUCGUUUUGUAACCAUAUUAUUGACUGUAAUGGUACAAGUGUUUUGUGCCCACAAUGCAUUGCAAACUCAUUUCAAAUAAAUUAAUAUGUGAAGACUUUUA